AGAGCACCAGUGACAAGGGCCGCUACUCUCUCAUCUUUGCCAGCAUCCGUCGCCCACGGCUUCGCAGCGUCUCUAAUCUGCCUUAUCUCGUGGAGAUUGUUGUCGAAUCUUUGUUGAAAGGUCAUCUUCGUCAAGGUCGUCUUUAUGACUCUCUCCCAAGCACUGCCACAACGUCGUUGCAGGAGCCUCGGCUUGCACCAGACAGAAGAGGCAUUUCAGAAGGGAAGGCAAAUUCAGCGCUCCUUCAUCUCUUGGUUUUCCGUGACGCCAUGGCUGUCGGGACCGCAGUGUCUGUCCUUCAAGUGAAAGUAAUACGUUACCCUCUCGGUGCCUGUCGUUCUGGGUACCGAGACCAAGAGCCUGACGACUUCCAGGGGCCCCACAGCGCAAUUAGAAUGAGAUCCGCUUUAGGAAUCGUUCAAAAAUAAAUUUUAUUUUCCUUA